AUGGGCCCAGGCCCAUCCGAUCCGUUGGCCGACCCCUCGCGCCUGGAGUCCCUGCCCGUGGAAAUCUUGCAGUUGAUCUUUCUCCAUAGCCUGGAAGUCAACCUCCCGCGUGCUUCACCACUUCUCAGCCGUGCACUGUCCACGCCAUUGAUCUAUACCUGGCUCAUUCGGCUAGCCUUCAGCAGUCCCAAUCCGGGCUCUCGAGAGGGCUUCUUUACCCCAGACUUCUUACCUCAUCCCUUGGACUUCUGGGCUUUGUCUUGGGAAGAGCGCCAACAUUUACAGACGACGUUACUGGAAUGUCGGUGGUUCACGCUUCCUCUACUUCGAAAAUGUCAACGGGAGUACGUUGUCCACGCUAUCCGGCGAAAAUGCGCCGAUCUGGUUUUUCAGGAGGAUGACAAAGCGGUGCUGGAGAACCUGGACUCGUACUUCGAGAAUCUGGAUGCCUGUGAUAAGGCUCUAUUCGGCCGGCGCAGAAAAGGGGAUCUAGUCAUCCCCGCACGUCUGGUGGAUGAAGCGCAGGCCUCGUCCCGAACCGUCGACCGCAAAGUUGCAAUCUGGUUCCACUUUGGCGCAGUCCAGAUCCGUGAACCGAAUGAGGUCUACUAUGAGAAUGAUCUUUUCCGUCUGCCGUGCUCUGGGGGGAUCAGACCUGGGCGCAUUCCAGAUAAGGUUCUGCGCGCGCCGUGGUCAGAUGAACAGUUUGAGUUUUUGCAGCUGCUCGCUGCUGAUUUCUACCUCGACGAGGACGAAGCUAGCGCGGAGCGUUCCUCGGAGAUCACAUCUCGUCUUAUCCGCAAGCGUAUGAUUGAGCCUUUCCGUCGGCUGUUGCGUAUCUAUUGCCGCGCAGCGAAUUGUCGUGUCCUUGCUCGCUGGCCGUUACGGCCUCUACAUUAUACCCUUAUUCAACGGUAUGGGAGCGGAGCUGACGAUCCGUUUCUGAAUUUCAUCUUCGAUGAGCGCUGGGGCGAUAUCCCUACCGACUGUGCUGAGGAGUUAAUUUAUUACGUGGAGCUUACAGAUGGGCGACAACGUUCUCGGCCAUAG